CAGAACUCUCUAUAAACAAAAAACUCGAUCGAUCUUUCUUUCUUCCGGAACUUCUUGUUAGUCUUCUUCUCAAGCUGAGAUGAUGGAUCGAUGCACCAAUAUCGAUGAACAGGAAAACCAAAAACAGAUAGAUCUGUCGGCCGUCAACACUCACAUGUCUGACUUACCCGAUCUUGUUAUUGACAAAAUCCUUGGACUCAUUCCUACUAAAGCUGCGUUCCAGGUGAGCUUUCUUUGCAAGCAACGGCAAGAUGUAGUCUCCUCAUUCCCUGUACUCAAUUUCAACGAGGAUGAUGAUUUUGACCGCCACAACCUUAAUCGCUACCGUCACUACAAACAUCAACACAAAAGGUUCAUCAAUUUCUUGAAGGGCUAUUUAGAUUAUCGUAAAAAGAAGGACCAGCAGAAAGAGCUCCUGAAUAAAUUAAGUCUUCACAUGAGGAUGUUUUCGCGUCGAGAUUCAUCUACCAUAACCGAGUGGUUGAAAUAUGCAUGUGAGAGAGGCCUCAAAGAGUUGGAUAUCAGUCCUAAAAUGAGUGUUGACCCAACGAGUUGGAUUGUCGGUGAGCGCCCGCCGGAAAGUCUCUACCUCUUCUACAUCUUGCCUUGGGUGGCGAUUGCUAGUGCAAAAUCAUCCUUAACUUGUCUAAAGUUGGAGUGUGUGAGAGUUCCGCAUCUGCUGCAUGUGAGAGUUCCGCACGCUUAUGAGCGACUUUUUCCGUCCUUGAAAACUCUGUCCCUGAAAACUUCACGGGUUGUUGAUCUCGAUUCUCUUCUAUUUGAGUGCCCAUCCAUGGAGUCCCUGUCAUUAACUCAAUGUUCUAUUGGAAACUCCGAGUUUUAUGUUCAAUGCUCAAGUCUUAAGUCCUUGGAAAUUAAGUAUUGCCGUCUUCAUGUUAUUCAAGUUGAUCAAGCCUUCAAUCUUGAAUCUUUUACAUUUCUCUCACCGCCGACAUAUUCAAGAUGUGAAAAGAUGAUCUUGAAGAAUGCCUUCAACUUGAAACAUAUCAACAUUUGUGUUGAUUACGUCCGGGAAUUUUUUUUAUUGGGAAGCCAUCGUGCACUAGAGGCCACAAUUGACCGAUAUGUCCAUUUGUUCGAGUUCUUUGAUGGUUAUUUGAAUGCCAACGUUUCUGUUAAAGCCUAUGAGGCCACAAUUUUAGUUGGGGAACUUUUGGACCAAGAAUGGUUCUCGUCAUAUUCGACACAUUUUCCGAAGCUGAUGACCUUUCUUAGAAAAUUUAGAAGCUGCUCGAAAAUAAACCUCUACGUUCAGGCUCUCAUCAUUCCAAAGAAUUAUAGAAAGAUGACCUCCGUUCCACCAUUGCCGGAAACUUUCACUUUGCAGGCAUGGAUGUCGAAUCCACCACUAGUGGGAAGUAUAGUCUAUUUGGAAAUGGAGGACUCCUUGCAAUGGAUUGCACCACUGGCACAGAUAUUGAUCAUGCCGGUGGACGUUGAAGAAGAUAGAAAGAAGUAUACGAGCAAGCUAGUCCUGUAG